CAUUGCCAAACAGUCCCAGCUUCGGUCCCCGCUCUCUGCUACACUUAACGAAACACCCUCGCCUGACCAUCCCACGACGUCGCUGUAUUAAGAGUUUAACGCAACUAGCGUUAAUUUUACAGCACAACAAAAAGAUGUCGUCCCCAGCAAAGCGAUCAACGCGGAGUUCGGCGACGCCCAAUCGGGCCACUCGCAGCUCGCAGCAGAGAAGUAGCCCCGCCGCUGGUCCCUCGAACGCUGCCGAGAGGACGCCUCGUCAGACUCGGUCAUCGCAGCUGGCUUCCAGUCCGUUGUUCUACCAGUCCUCGUCUCCCGCUCCCGGCGCCCGGGCCUCCUCUCCUCUGCGCCAGAUGAGCAACAGCCAGAGCACCGCCCACAACGCGCCGAGUUCGCCCUUGCGCCAGCAGACCGAAACGCAAAGCGCCGGGGACCGGACUCCCCGUGCGAGCGGCGCGCUCAUUGGAGACUCGUCUCCAAUUCGCUAUGACCCGAGUUCCAGCCCCGGCCGCCAGCUUACCCAGCAGUCCGACCUCCGCAGCGACAGUAGUGCCCUCUUCGUGAGCUCUCAGAGAUCUGCUAUCAGGCCCCACCGAGGAGAUAUCAAUCCAGAUGUCAUCCGGACACCUCGCGUGCCGCGCCGCAUUAUCCUGGAUGACGCCGGUCGAGUGGUUCGUGACGGCUCUGCCCUCGGGUCAGAUGCGGCUUCGUUUUCGAACAACAAUCCGCACACCUCCGAAGCGGAUGCCCUCGGCGGUCCGAGCCAAAGCCUUGUCUGGGGUACCACCGUCUCGCUCGAGGACUCGUUCGCCUCGUUCAGGGACUUUCUCAGGAACUUCACCAAGAAAUAUCGCAUGUGGGCAGAUGGUGCGACGGAGGCCGAAACCAACGGCAAUCCCGAGGCGAAUUCGAAGCCGUACUGGGAGGCCAUGGAGACCAUGCUGCUCCUGGGCACCAACAAGCUGUACCUGGACCUCCGCGACCUGAAGGCGUACCCGCGCACUGUGAAGCUAUGGCACCAGUGUCAGGCAUACCCGACGGAAAUCAUUCCCGUCAUGGACCAGUGCGUCCACGACUGCAUGAUCGAGCUUGCGCAGGCCGAGAUGGCAAGCCAGCGGGCCGCCUCGCACAACACUUCCGCGCCCAUUGCUCCCCAGGCAUCCCAGAGCUCUGAGCUCGCUUUCCCAAGCUCGGACCGGCCGGAGGAACCGUCUACUCCGCGCCCUGCGCCACGGGAGCAGAUGACCAUCGAGGAUCAAGUCAUGCAGCAGCAGUACCUAGUCCGCCCCUGGGGCCUGGACAAGUCCAUCAACCUCCGGGAUCUCAACCCGUCCGACAUGGAUAAGCUCAUCUCCAUCAAAGGUCUGGUCAUCCGGGCCACGCCCGUCAUUCCCGACAUGAAGCAGGCUUUCUUCAAGUGCAGUGUCUGUGGGCACUCCGUCACGGUUGAGCUCGACCGUGGCAAGAUCCGCGAGCCUACCGAGUGCCCGCGCGCGCGUUGCAAGCAGAAGAACUCGAUGCAGAUCAUCCACAACCGCUGCGUGUUCGAAGACAAGCAGGUCAUCAAGCUGCAGGAAACGCCAGACGCCGUUCCUGCUGGCCAGACGCCCCACUCCGUGUCCGUGUGCGUCUACAACGAACUGGUCGAUUUCUGCAAGGCUGGUGACCGCGUGGAGCUUACGGGCAUCUACAAGGUCACCCCCGUGCGAGUCAACCCGCGGCAGAGGACAGUGAAGAGCGUGCACAAGACGUACGUCGAUGUCGUGCAUGUGCAGAAGGUUGACAGGAAAAGGAUGGGCAUUGAUCCUUCUACUCUCGACCUUGCCGAGGAGGAAGAAGCGCAUGUCAGCGGCCAGAGCCUCGACGAGAUCAAGAAGGUCACACCCGAGGAGGAGGAGAAGAUCAAGGCGACCGCGGCCCGGCCGGACAUCUACGACCUGCUCGCUCGCUCCCUCGCGCCUUCGAUCUACGAGAUGGACGAUGUCAAAAAGGGCAUUCUCCUGCAGCUGUUCGGCGGCACUAACAAGACGUUUGAGAAGGGCGCAAGUCCUAGGUACCGCGGCGACAUCAAUGUCCUCCUCUGCGGUGACCCUUCCACAUCCAAGUCGCAGCUUCUGUCAUACGUACAUAGGAUUGCCCCCCGUGGCGUCUACACCAGCGGCAAGGGCUCUUCUGCCGUCGGCCUUACCGCUUACGUGAUCCGAGACCCUGAAUCGCGGCAACUGGUUCUCGAGUCGGGUGCGCUCGUCUUGUCCGACGGAGGCGUGUGCUGCAUCGACGAGUUCGACAAGAUGAACGAUUCAACGCGGUCGGUCCUCCACGAAGUGAUGGAGCAGCAGACCGUCUCGGUGGCCAAGGCGGGUAUCAUCACCACGCUUAAUGCGAGGACGAGCAUUCUCGCGUCUGCCAACCCGAUCGGCAGUCGGUACAACCCGGAGCUCUCGGUCCCGCAGAACAUCGACCUCCCGCCGACCCUCCUGUCCCGUUUCGACCUGGUCUACCUCAUCCUCGACCGCGUCGAUGAGAAGACUGAUCAGCGGCUAGCUCGCCAUCUCCUGUCCAUGUACCUGGAGGACAAGCCUGAGUCGGCGCAGACCAACAACGACAUCUUGCCCGUCGAAUUCCUGACCUCGUACAUCUCCUACGCCCGCGCCAACAUCCACCCGACCAUCACACCGGAAGCCGGCCGCGAGCUGGUCGACGCCUACGUCGAGAUGCGCAAGCUGGGGCAGGACGUGCGCGCCGCCGAGAAGCGCAUCACGGCGACGACGCGGCAGCUCGAGUCCAUGAUCCGGCUGUCCGAGGCGCACGCCAAGAUGCGCCUGUCGGAGACGGUCACGGCGGACGACGUCCGCGAGGCCGUGCGGCUGAUCAAGACGGCGCUCAAGACGGCCGCAACCGACGCGCAGGGCCGCAUCGACAUGAGCCUGCUGACCGAGGGCACGAGCGCGGCCGAGCGCAAGCGCAAGGCCGACAUGAAGGACGCCGUCGUCCGCCUGCUGGACGAGCUGACGGCCGGCGGGCAGACGGUGCGCUUCUCCGAGCUGGCGCGGAAGUUUGCCGAGGGCGCCAACGUGCUGAUUGAGCCGGGCGAGUUUGCCGAGGUGAUGCGGACGCUGGAGAUGGAGGGCGCCGUCAUGAUCAGCGGGGAGGGCGCCCGGAAGAGCGUGAGGCGCGUUACGGCGACUGUUUGAUGAGGGAAUUCCAAUGCAGCGGGCGGGACAGGUGGUAUCAUGACAUAUUGGUAUGGUUGUUCCAAGGUAGCAGGCUUCUUUGUGUGGUUACAGUGCGACGACGGCGUAUGGUAUCUGUUUCUCCUCCAGUGGUGUCGGACUAAAUAAACUCGCAUACAAUUGCAG